GGGAGGCUAAGGCACCACCCCCGCUCAUCCGGAAGAGGCCGGCUACGGUCACGUACCGCGAUCCCGGCCCUUGUCCUUAUAAGGGCAUCCGGAAGCGGCUUGCUCUUGCCCUACGUCACUACUUCCAAAUUUAGUUGUGGAAGUAUGGCUGACAGAGUGGCGGGAAGGUUCGCGCACCGGUGUGGAGGGGGCGGGGGGGGGGGGGGGCUUGCCCUUAAAGGGCCCACACCACGAAUGAAGGGAGCUGUUCGAACAAUUUCGCGGUUUUUGAGGAAUUGGAAAUAUUUCUUGAAACCUUAGUGCGUAGCAGAAGGUGGGGCCGCUGUUUUCUAUCCAUCUGCUCUAUCUCUGCGUUGCUCAGUUUCCAAGUCCUAAUCCAACUCCGCCUCCCCUGGAGCAGAGGCGGAGCUCGGCUGCGUCGUUUGGGGGGGCCACAGCCACGUGCUCACUCUGGCUGUGUUGCUGCUGGGUCCUCCAGGAGCCUUAGGGCAUGGACGCCCACGGUGGAUUUCGUGCGGAGGGAAAGUGAGAGGGACGUUCUGUGCGGAGCACAGAGACAGUAGCUUGGGCUGCGCUCCUGUCUGCAGACAUCCAUCUCCCGUGGAGUGGGCAACUUUGCCCUAGAGCCAGCCAGUGUGUCCCGCCUUCUUACCGCCUCCAAACAAGGGGAGUGAGGAGGGUGGGCGGACGCUGGCAAGACAGGCGUGCUGGAGGCUCCGCUGGUCCCCUUUCACCGCAGUGGCUCAAGUAUUCGUUUAGCAAAUAUUGGACGAAUCGCUGUGCCUCGGCGUCCCCGCCUAAAGAAAUAAAAUACAACUAGCCCUCCAUGGAGUGGAAGUGAGAGAUCAAUGAGAUGUUUAUGAUAGGAAAGCCUUUAGCGCCUGGCACUUAGCAAGUGCUUAAUAAUUGUCAGCACCAUUAUUGAUUUAAAAAACCCACAAACAUUAAUUAGGCUCCUGGUAGAUGGUAGACACAGUUCCCACCGGGGAUCUACCGUUUGGAACCCAAGUUUUCUCUGUCCAAAGGGAAACGUGCAGCCUACGACCCGCUGGGGUCUCCAGACACAACCGGCGGGGGGCCCUGAGCCCCACCCACGGCCCCCCCUCCCCCGGGCCUGCGCGCGGGUUCAGUGAGCGGCCCUGAGAAAGCAGACCACCCUGAGAGUUCAGCUUGGAUUGGGGGACGCUUCUCACAGGAGUUCGGGUCCCUUUUCUUCUCUCAGUAAAUUCCACCCUGUCGCUUUAAGGAGUCUCUCGCCGAGGCGUCGCGGAAAGCCCGGAUGCGGCUCUCUGAUUGGGCGGGGCGUCUCGGUGACUUCACUCCGGGUACAAAAGGGCCCGGGUGGCGGGCGCCGGGGCAGAGCGUCUUGGUAGUGUCUCCGCGUGGCUUGUCCUGCUGAGAGUGGCGUGAACGAGCGCGUUGUCCGAAGUGCACCUGCCACCUGCCGUGCCCAGCCGGGAGUCCCUGCCGCCCUCGCCGUCGCCGUCGAGCAGCUAUGGAAGUGCAGAAAGAGGCGCAACGGAUCAUGACCCUGUCGGUGUGGAAAAUGUACCAUUCGCGCAUGCAGCGCGGUGGCCUGCGGCUGCACCGGAGCCUGCAGCUGUCGCUGGUCAUGCGCAGCGCCCGGGAGCUCUACCUCUCGGCCAAGGUGGGAGCCCAGGAAUCCGAGGUGCCCUUGCCGCCCGUCCGCUCCCCUGACCCUCGCCUGCACCCUCCUCGGGAAGCGGAAGCCGCAGCCAAGGCAGCUCCCGGGGACGGUGAGCAGCCCUCUCCGGAACCCAUGGACACGCAGGAGGCACCGAGAGCCGAGGAGGCCCCCGCCCGCUGUGUCCAGCGCCCCGCCAAAAUCAGCCGAAAGCGGCGGAGCAGCAGCCUUAGCGAUGGUGCGGACGCCGCUCUGGUUCCGAGCAAGAAAGCCCGCUUAGAAGAAGAGGAGGAGGAGGAAGGGGCCUCUUCAGAGGUCCUUGAUCGCCUGCAGCCCCCUCCGGCGCAAGCGGAGGGCGCCUUCCCCAACCUGGCGCGCGUCCUGCAGAGGCGCUUCUCCGGCCUCCUGAACUGCAGUCCCGCUGCCAGCUCUCCGACGGCGUCCCCGGCGUGCGAGGCGAAGCCGGCUUGCCGCCCGGCGGACAACAUGCUCAACGUGCUGGUGCGGGCCGUGGUGGCCUUCUGAGGGUUCCUGAGCGGCGCUACCGGAGCCCAGAGCGCGGGCCGAACCGUCGGCCAGAGUACGCAGACCCGAGGCGAGGCCCACCCCCUAGGGAGCGCUCGCAGAAGCAGUGGAGAGGAGCCGUCGCCCGGGCUGCCCAGAGGCCCCGAGAGGGACUCUGCCCCCGGGGAGCCAUCGCUACCUGUGUGCAGCAGCGACGCCAAGGAGCUUGAGCCGGGGGCGCGGGCGCCUUCCCCCCAGACCUGCUGCUCCCAUCGGUGCUGUUUUAACGGACUGGGAGGUGAACCUCACCGACUCCUUCUGGAACUGGGAGAAGGGAGGCUUGGUUCUUGAAACUCCUCAGGGUCGGACCUUUUUUUUAACUGGGGGCUAUGCUGCCUUUUCAGUAAGGUUUUUCAAUCAUUGGUGUUUGCGUUUCCAACUUAAGAGAAUUCCAGGCACUCCCCUUCCCCCUCCUGUGACAUACUUGUGCAAGCGGUCAUCGUUGCGUCAUGGGGCAGACGUGGGGAGCUUCCUGCUGCCUUGCGUGGGUGGGGGCCGGGAGGAGGACCUGGGGUGUGGACCGCCCUGGGGAAUGGGAGGAGGGCGGCCUGAGUCACUGCGCCUUCCCUUGCUGCGGGUUAUUGCCCGAAGCCCCUACACCUCCGGAGGUAGAGGGCUGAUCUAAUUUCAUUUAAAAAUUUUUUUCUCAUCUGGUGCGUUAGAGGUGGGGAUGUUCUUCACCGUUCAAGCUUGACCCUCAGACCCCCAGGCACAAUCAACCCGGACGUUCCUGGUCUGAAUCACAAAAAUGGGGGGAGGGGCGCUCAGAGUGCUGUAGGGCUGAGCUGGGAUCAGUGGUUGGCGAGACUGGGCCAGUUUGGGGGAAGCGGGAAAUUCUCGCCAGGGCGUUUUGGGGUUCUGUUUACCUUUACUGGUGGAUUCUGGUAACUCCAUCUGGCCUUUUUGCCAGAUAGGAAAAUAAAGACCAAUUGUAUACAA